UAUCAAGUCACUAAGUGUUCUCCAAACAGUCAUUAUGGCGUCCACUACGCCGGCACCAUCAGAAGCUGCUAAGCCCUUUGACAUUGUCGCAACUUACAAUGAGUUGCUGCGCUCGGAUCCGGACUUGACAAUGCCAAUUGCUGCCAUCGAAGCUUUGGUAUUACUUCUCACACACUCUCCUUCGUCAACGAUAUCAGAAACCCUCGAUUUACUCGAAAAGUCUACCACCCACCUGAAAAAGUCAAUCCCUAAUCCCAUUGGUCUCUCAGCUGGAACCGAUCUCUUCCAACGGUAUUUGAUUACUACGCUACAGCGACCUGGUCAACUAGGGCCCGCUGGAGAUUUCAACGCUAUCAGAGCUCAUCUUCUCUCGAAUGGUCGGUUGUUCAUCAGACGUGCAAAGGAAAGCCGAGACAAGAUUGCUGCGUUUGGAAGGGGCUUCGUUCGGGAUGGCAGUACAGUAUUGACAAACGGUGGAUCCCGAGUCGUCGCUUCAUUAUUGCAGAAGGCCGCUGAUGAGAAGGGUGGGCCUUCUGCGGUGCGUUUCCGUGUCAUUUAUGUCCUCUCUCCCGCUAAGGACUCUUCCGCAGAGCCUGAGGGUAUGGAAACAGUGCGCGCACUGCGCGCAAAGGGUGUCCCUGUGGCUACGAUCCCUGAAUCAGCCGUUGCCUACUCCCUUGGAAAGGCGGACAUUGUUAUCGUGGGUGCAGAAGGUGUGGUGGAAAAUGGAGGCAUUGUGUCUCGCAUGGGAACCUACCAAAUCGGUCUUCUUGCCAAGGCUAUGGCAAAGCCUUUCUACGCCGUGGCGGAAAGCCACAAAUUUGUCCGACUGUACCCGCUUGGGCAAUAUGAUCUACCUAUUGAACAACGUGUGAUUGACUUCAACACUGAAGAAGAUAUUACUGAUGGACACAAGCCACAGUCGGUAGCUCAUAGUUCGGAUGUGGUGGACUUCACGCCACCCCAUCUCAUAUCCGCCUUGAUCACAGACAGUGGCGUUCUAACACCAAGUGCUGUUAGUGAAGAGUUGAUUAAGAUCUGGUUCUAAAAACUUUGAGAACUAUGAGGUAUAGAUGUCGCCAAGUUGGGAUACAGAUUCGGCGUUUGAGCUUAAUGAUGUACCCCGCUUCACGGCAAGGAACAGUGUGAUUCAACGGAGCUGAGGAACUCCAGCUGAAAAGGACUCAAGUCUGAGCUAUCACCCAGUGGAUCGGUUCAGGCUGACUCGGUGUGCAGCACACCGACUACAUGUGUGGCUGUUCAAUAGUAUUUGUCUUGUCGGCAAGGCGUGGAAACCAGGCUUCCACAACUCGUUCGUCACGCGACUGGGCACAUGUGAUCUGUCUUAUUUUAAGGAUGCCCUCCGAGUACUAUUGGAAUGAGCAAGUCGGAAAAAUUGAUGCAAGGACGGCGAGUCGGGUCUUGUAGGCGCUGGUGGAAGGAAACUAUUAUGCCAUAUAGAAGCAUGGCCUUCAUACGACCCACAAAAAAAGAGCAACAUGAUGACUUGAUUAGAGAAUAAUGAACUUGAGAGAAAAUGGAU